GUGAAAUUGAAAACUACACAUCAUUCUCAUUGUUCAAAACUAGAGCUGACAAAUUUAUAAAUUUUUUUUUAUUAUUGGUCAAUUUUGAUGAUUGUCAGUUGUUUGUAAAUGUGAAUCUCUAUACAUUUGAGUCAUCAAUACAUCAUAUAUUCAUCUAUUCAUCUAUAUAGAUUGAUUAAAAUUCGUCAUCAUCAAACAAAAUCGAUUUAGCCAUCAUACAAGCAUAUAUAAAUUGAUUUGGCAUCACUUUUUACUCACAAUCAUUCGUUUAUUUUGUACAAAAAAUUUUUUUUUCUACGUUCUAAUAAUAAAUUUGAAUAAUAUUUUUGAAAUUUGACCAAGAAAUUAUAGCAUCUCUACAUAUAUAAAUAUAUUUUGUUUCAAACAUUUUUUUUCAUCAAUUGUUUUGGUGUUAUAGUAAAGUGUCAUUAUUAUUAUUAUUAUUAAUAAUUCAAAAUUUAAAUUCCUACGUGGUGUUAUGGCAACAAACGCAACGUUAACAAUGUCCAAUAAUAAUCAUGCUAAUAACGGAAUCAAUAGUAGCAACGAUUGGAAAGCUAAACUUAAGGUUCCACCGAAAGAUAAUCGUAUCAAAACAUCUGAUGUUACAUCGACACGUGGCAAUGAUUUUGAAGAAUUUUGUUUGAAACGUGAACUAUUGAUGGGCAUAUUUGAACAAGGUUGGGAGAAACCAUCACCAAUUCAAGAAGCAGCUAUACCAGUCGCAUUGCUUGGUAAUGAUAUAUUGGCUCGAGCUAAAAAUGGUACCGGAAAGACUGGUGCAUACACUAUUCCAUUGUUGCAAAAGAUUGAUGUGACCAAUAAUGCUAUCCAAGCAUUAGUAGUUGUACCUACUCGUGAAUUGGCCAUGCAAACAUCAAACAUUUGUAUGGAGCUCGGUCGUCAUCUGGGAAUUCGAGUAAUGGUCACUACUGGUGGAACUAAUCUCAAAGAUGACAUUAUGCGUAUCUAUGAAAAUGUGCACGUUGUGGUCGCAACUCCUGGACGUAUUCUUGAUCUGGUCGAGAAAAAGGUGGCCGCAUUGAAUAAUUGCAAAUAUUUCGUAUUGGAUGAAGCUGACAAAUUGUUGGGCCAAGAUUUUCAGGGUAUGCUCGAUACACUGAUAUCGUAUUUACCUGAAGAGCGACAGAUAUUGUUAUUCUCGGCAACAUUUCCAAUUACGGUUGAACAAUUCAUGAAGAAACAUUUGAAAAAUCCACAUGAAAUAAAUCUUAUGGAAGAAUUAACCUUGAAAGGUGUGACUCAAUACUAUGCGUUUGUACAGGAACGACAAAAGGUCCAUUGCUUGAAUACAUUGUUCUCAAAGCUACAAAUUAAUCAAUCGAUCAUCUUCUGUAAUUCUACCCAAAGAGUGGAAUUGUUAGCCAAGAAGAUUGCUGAACUUGGAUAUUCAUGUUAUUACAUUCAUGCUCGUAUGUCACAGCCACAUCGUAAUCGUGUGUUUCAUGAUUUUCGAAAAGGUCUUUGCCGAAAUCUUGUAUGCAGUGAUCUCUUUACACGUGGUAUCGAUAUUCAAGCUGUCAAUGUUGUCAUUAAUUUCGAUUUCCCCAAAAUGGCCGAAACCUAUCUUCAUCGUAUCGGUCGAUCAGGACGUUUUGGACAUUUAGGUAUUGCUAUCAAUUUGAUUACCUAUGAAGAUCGUGAUUUGUUACACAAAGUUGAAGCGGAACUAAACACAACCAUUAAACCAAUACCCAAAGUUAUUGAUCCAACAUUAUAUGUUGCUGAAGCACAAGCUGAAAAUGCUGAUAAUAACUAAUUAAUUAACCAACUAAUAUAUCAUCAAUCAAUCAAUAUAUUCAACACACACACACAUUUAUAUACACAGACAUUGAUCGAGAUCAUCAUACCCAAUCAACCA